AUGUCAAUCUCUCCGAUCCAUCAUCCUCCAAUUUCCCACUCAAUCUGUGAUUCGUUUGCCUUAUCGCCGUCGUCUCUUCAAUCCAAUCCGAAGUUCCACUUCAGGUUCCUGAACACUAUCUUUUUUACGGGAAUGGAUUUUACAUUUUGUUUUUUUAGUUAUAAACGUAUCGAUGUAAUGUGCACAUUGCUGAACAUGUGCUUGCCGUUUGAAGUACGAUACCUCGGCACGUGCGUCGAGGAUAUCGGCAAGCGGGACUACAAUGAUCUACGUGACACGGAACACCAUGCAAACAGCGUCUCGGAGGUGGCUGAGUUGACGACUUCUAGCGUGACAGAUAAACGCACGCGAAGAAAAAUGGCUCUUUAUAUGGCACUGUUGCACUCGUGCAAUUAUGCCUGUGCGGUAAUCCUGUAUAAGAAUCUAUCGAACCUUGACCAUCAGGAGAUUACCAAUCUGUUAAAUGGGACCACUUUUAAUGUGGAUGACCAACCCCUAGAAGAAUUGCUGCUGCUGUAUACGAUGGCACUGAACCAUCCGGCCUUCACAUAUGAGCAAAAGAGUGUUUUUGGCAACAUAUUUCUCAAACUACAGGAAGAAGAGACUCGUCUGAACCUUUCAAAGAUGAAUUCUUCUUUUAAACCGACACAAAGCUGUACACCGUGCAUGAGUACAAACGAAAGAUUAAUGGAACCUGAGAUACCGAGUAGCUUAAUGCCACCACCACCAAUGCAAUCUUAUCAUGGUGAAAUGGGAAUGAGGAAUAAUGCUUUGGUCACUGGAGUACCUCCCGGUCUCACGAUACCUCCACCAGGAUUAUGUUUACCUGGUCCAGAGCAAAUGCCUAUGGGAUCUGGUGGUACUACGCAAUACGUUCAUCUAGGUUUCCCAUCCAUGAAUCAUAUGCCUCCUUGGACAGGUCAGGUUAUGAUGGGAAACCAGUUGAUGUAUCACGCCAGCGAUGUGUUGGCUUAUCCACCUUCCCCUUUAGUCAGUCGCCAAUCUUCGCCAUCCCAGUCACGAUCUCCUAGUCGCAGUAACUCGCCGAUGGGUCGCGGCAGGACUAAUGCUAACUCGCGCGCCUCAUCCUCGCAAUCUACUCAAUCUAUUUCAACCAGUCUCACAUCAUCGAACGCCUCCAAUAGCCAAACAAGCUCUGGCGUGAAUAGUACCAAUAACAACAACAAUAAUUCCCUACCGCCUCUGCCGACGCCCGGUGCAAGCAGAAGUCUUCCUAGUCAAUCACCGUUACUCCCAUCAUCGCGAUCUGUUCCUUUGUCUAACACGAGCUCUUCGACCUUCUCCCGCCAUAACAAUAUCGACAACACUUCGACGUCUAAUCUGAUCUCAGCAGCUCAAUCGAAGCAACCCCCACCUCCGCCACGACUUAGAUCCUCCAACUCUGGCGAUUCGCUUCGAGAAAGUCUAAAUAAGGAGGUGACGAGUUAUAAGGGCAAUUUGCAGAACUAUUCACGUGAUGAGGUUGCGUCUUCAGGGAUGGAAGGAUUAAGUGAUUCAAGUAGUAAUACAAGUGGGAAAUUGAUGCCAGUCCAAGAGCAACAUCCAACAAUGCAUCAUUAUCACAAUCACAUGACUCCUAAUGUUCGACGUUAUCCUGGCAUGCCAUCAAUAGAUCCCACGCAAAUACCAAUGUAUCCUGCACCACCACAAAUGUAUACAGCUCAGAACUCAUCAUGUUAUGCUUGUCUCACUGUACCAGUAGCUGGGAUGCAAAAUCGGUAUUCAAGAUGUAAUGCUCAGCAUGUGUAUUGCCUUGGACAACUACAAGCACUGCGACUCGAUUCUGAGAGUAGUCGGCAUUGUUCCCAAAGCAGUAGUUCCGAUAGCACCGGCAGUAGAUCGCCUCCCGAAACACCACCGGCAGCACCAUGGGUCAGUGGCAGCGGUGGUGACAGCAAUGUCGCGCCGCCUGUCACUGAUCAUAUGAGUUCCGCGCCGGUACAUUCGACGGCGACCGCACCGCCACACGUAUCGGCACCUCAACAGUCUCCAAUGCAAUCAUCGGUGCCACCGGAGAGCAGACAGCUUACUAGAAAAAAUUCGCAAACGCGUACGAUGCGACAGAAAAGUCAGGGAAUGCUAAACGGAGCCGGUAACGGGAACGGCGGACCGCCAAGUUUACCGCAUUGCGUUUCCUUCCCGGCACCGCCGACACAUUCACAGCUAACGUAUCUGCCGCCCGGUCAUUUCCCAGCUGCGUUACGGCCUAGCAGUGGUAUCUACUCCAACUUUUUGCACGGGCCAUCCGCACGACCAGCCUAUCAGCCAGCGUACCAACCGAAUGGCGAAAUCAUGUACACGAGUCCGUACACGGGUCAUCCCGCGUCCGGUAGCACUCCCCCUCCACCACCGCCACCGAAUGCAGCUGCUGCCACGCCAGUACAGGCAUCAUAUAUGCCGCCUACACCAGUGGUAACAUACGCGGCGGCAGUAAUUCCGCAAACAAAGAUCUCCUGUUAUAAUUGUGGCAGCAAUAGUCACCUCGCGGUAGACUGCAAAGAUCAAACGAUGGAAGAUCUAACGAAGAAAGCCCAAUAUCGACUGGAUUAUACGAUAAUGAAGCAGCCUGGGGAGUGUCCAAGUUCCGACAAGUGAUCCCCUGCUAUGGACCAUUCUGCUACCACUCGUCACACUUUUCACCGCCACUAUAAUCGCAACUAUUGCCAUCAUCGUCAUCACCAAUACCACCAUUGCUAUCAUCUCCAUCACCACCGUUACCACCAUCACCACCAUCACCACCAGCACAUCUGUUAUUGUAACCACCAGUAUGCCAAUGUAAAUCAAUCUAAGGACAAGAUGUUGCGAGAUGACAACCGCUACCGUUCCUCCUUUCACUUUUCGGUAAUUUUUCUAAAUGCUCUAUCCUACAGUCGAUAUGACGAUAACAAUAAUGAUGACGAUAACGAUGACGAUGACAAUGACGACAAUGCUAAUAUGAAUGCAAAUGUAAAUGUUAAUGAUGACGGUGACGAUAACAAUAAUGCUAAUGACGCCAAGUACGACAACGACAGCGACGAAAUUUUUCUAACGAAGGAUGUUUUGCGGUUUACAGUACAAGGUACACCUUUUGCAAGUUCUUAUGUAUGAUAGUGAUUACAAAGUGAUUAACUAUGUAAAAUAUGUAGUAGUAUUGUACAAAGGAAAAGCAAAAGCGAAGCGAGAAAUAAUUGGAAGAUCGCGCCAUGGAACACAAUGUCUGUCUGUGUUUCUUUUACUGCAGGACACAUUUCGAGAGAUUUUUGGGUUUAAAUAGUGACUCGUGUUUUUUCAACGACACUUAUUGGCUAUUUAUCGCUGUGACUCCUAUCUCGACAGUGCUCCUAUUUUCCCUCCUAUAUCUCAAAUUCUCUUAACGAAUAGCUAUAAGAGAAACGCAAGAAGAAACGCAUAAAAAAUGUAUUGUGCUCCAAACGGAAAAGGAAGCGAAAAUUAUAUGAAAUUCGACUAUAUUUAACAAUCGAUACUUUAACUUCUAAUCUAUUACGAGUCUACAUUAUUAUUAUUAAACUAUAACUAUUACUUCUACUAUCGCCGUUGCGCCACAUUUUUAUGUACAUAUAUUUUUCUUAAUUAUGUGCGCGAUGAACCGAUAAUGACAUGUGAAAAAGAAAAAGUGUGUAAUAUAUAUGAAAUAAUAUACAGUACGUAUAUGUGUGUGUGUUGCGUGCGCGCAUGUGUGUUUAUGUAUGUAUAUGCGAAGAAGAUAGAAUGCAAGAGGCAGGAAGAAAAAAAAAGAGGAGAAAAAGGAGAGAAGGAGGAACAUAGAGAAAAUAGCGAAGGAACAACAAACCAAAAGUGUUCGAUCAUCUAGCUGCCGUUGCGAUCCUAUGUGUGCUUGUCGCGUACGUGUGCAUACGUGAGUGAGUGUACGUACGCGCGUGUAUGUGUGUGUGUGUGAAUGCAUUUCUGGUAAAAUUGCGAAAUAUAUAUUAUAUGUAUAAUAUACAUGUGUAUAAUAUAUAUUCCGUAAUUAUACAUAUAUAUUUGCUGCUCACAAUUUGUUUCUUAUCUUAUAGAUAUGUAGUUAGAUGGCGAUUCUCAUAUUAUUUAUACACGAGUAGUCAUGCGAUUGCACGUGCAUUUGAACCGAUUUUAUACGACUUUUAUCGAUCGCCCAUGUAUUUGAGUAUGUAAUCAACGUUAAACUUUUUUACGCGUUUGGUUGCAGCAACGUUAAUGUGUUAAGCGUGGUUAACUAAAUCCUUUGUAUAUCCGUAUUUGUCUGUAUCAUAAAACUUAUUUAGAAUAGUGAUGUUAACAUCUUAAAAACUGCAAAUUUUUAAGAAACGUGUCUGACGCAGAUAUCAGGAUAUUUUCAAAUUGACUUACAAACAGCAAAAUAUAUAAGUAUAAUGUAUUUUAAAUCUUAUAAUUAUAGUUUUGUCAAUUUUUCCAUCCCUUUUUUAUUACUUAUGAUUAUCCGUUUGGCUUUAAACUAUCGAAAGCAUAGCAUAUAUUUGUAUAUAUUUUAAGAAAGACACCAAGUUUAAAAAUAUAUUUUUUAUUUAUUAUAUUUACUAUGUAAAUGUAGAUCUUGGUUUGUAUGUCAAAAAACAAAGUGGAUUAGUUAACCAAAGCUGUAACACUGUUGAUGCAAAGGACUCUUAGGGAGCAAGAACGCAGGGUAAAGCUGAAUAUGAGUGAAGUGGCAGCCCGCUAGCAAAAUUGCUAGUGCAUUUAAAAUGAUCAUUCGGAUUUUCAUCAGCGAAUGCGAAACAGCUCGAACCCUUUGUACAUGGACGAACCUUUACGGUUGAAUCUUAUAAGGACAAAAAACUCACAGAAUCAUAUAUUUUCUUGUACAAACGGUCGUAAUACGCAAAAGUGAUUUUUGAUUAAAGAAAACGUAAAAUAAAGAUGAUAGAUAGCAA